CGUCAACCAUCCAUCGUCGUCCAAGCCCCUCGAAGCGCCGCACCGGGGCAGCCUCUCAUUGCACAGCGUUGCCUUGAAACCUGUGAAGAUUGGAAAUGAUGCAGCUCUUUGCGUUGUUGGGCCUGCGCGCGGCCGCUGCUCGAGGCCGCCAGGCAGCGCAGCUGGGCAGGCAGCUAAGCCGUCCCAUCAAUGCCUUGGGCCCAUUGUCGGCGGGCAAUUGUUGUGCUCCCGCUGGGCUCGCCUCUUCAUUUACACGACAAUAAACAAUAGUGUGUCUGUUUUACUCUUCAUCACACCAAGUGACUCAUUGUCCCUUGCCUUCGUUCGUCAUUCACUAUUUGCGAACGUGCCGCAUCCGCCUUCGACGUAGCCCUUGAGCUCGACAACAUCUACCUCUUGCCUCUGCCCUUUCCGUUUCUUUCCACCAUCCGCGGCCCGGUUCAGAGACGCGGGCAGUCAUGUGUCGCAUAUCAACGAUCAACGGGGCAAAAUCUCAGUGAAAAAUAGCGUGUACGAAGUACGACUUUGUCUUCCUCACCCGGCGCGUUGCGGCAAAGCGGCAAACAAAGAUUCGCGGAUCCGCGCACGAGCGAGCACACGGCGACAACGUCGACGCCUCUUCCGAGAACAAAAUCAGAAUGGGAUACAGAAGGAACUCGCCCGCUUCAAACCGCGGAAAUGAACCGGACGAUUGGGAGGAGUGGGAAGAUGACGAUGUCGUCACUCCCAUCGACGCCGGGGAGCAGGUUUCGAGCCCUCCACUCUUGCAGCAAGCGGCACCGCGAUCCCGCACAUCGGUCAAGCCGUCGACAGCCAGAAACUCAAGACUGUCAACGGCCAAGGUGAGGCGGCUCAAGUCUCGACAUCGACAAAAGGCACAAAACGAAAAGGCCGGCAUCCGACUCAUCACCGACAUGAGCGCCUUUAGGCGAAACCACCACAUUGCUCAUCAGGCUUGUGCCGCUGGCGAAGCGCAGCCGAAAUUCGUGGACGCCGCGGCGCUCCGAGCUUUGGAGGGGGAGCCGAACUCUGCGUCUGUCGGGAACUGGAACUGGUUCAAGAGGGAUAAGACACCAACCCCAGUGUCUGCCACGCCACAAAGAUCAGGGCGCACUGAGCAAGAGCUUUCUCCUGAUGAUCGGCCCAUCGUCAUAGGAAUAUCUCUGCCGUCUGAACAGAUGGGCUCGCGGGAUAUCAGCCCCCAGACGGCUAACCACCCAUCGCCCGAAACCUCUGUUUUGGGUAAUGCCACGAGCAAAGUGGCACCCAAAGCUGAGAGCUCAGCUGCGGAGGACCCCAAUGCGAGCUUGCAGAGAUCGGUGUGGUCCCCGGAUACUCCAGAUACCACCAACUCGUUUCGGUCGAACCGAGCGGCUUCGAGUGUCUAUUCGCAAUCUGUACUUGCCGGAUUGGCCAUCAGCCAACGGGCACCACCCGUGCCGGCCGUGCCCGACAGUUACAAGGCGUCUCAGCCCAGGAUACUCAGCCUGGAGCUUACUCGCAGCCCAGAGGAGGAAGAGAGUGGAACACCUUGCACCCUCUUUGAAGAGGAUGGCUCGUCUCCCCAAAACAAAGUCCAGGGAAGGAUCCCAGGCGUCUCCCCUGACAGUGCCGGAUCCAGAUCGCAGGGCUGGUGGGACCAUGUAGUCACCCCCUUUGUGGACAAGAAGUUUUCUUUCUCCAGCCGAAAGAUGAAGGCUUCAUCACCAAGAUAUGAGGAGCCACCGCCCGAGAGGCUUGUUCACAUCGACGAGAAGCGCCCCAAGGACCAGUCGCUGCAGGUGCCGCGGCUCAUGUCGCAAGCACCCAUAGUUCGCGCCCCGACUCCGCGGAAAGCCCAGACACCGCAAUCUGAGUUGCAUUCGGCUCCAGAGAUGGUAGAGGCUUCGUCGUCGAGGAGCCCACCACCGUCGUCGAGCACGAUCGUUGUCCAGGAGAAGCAUUAUACUGCGAUGACGGACGGGAGCAACAGGGACCAGCCACCACCGUAUUCGCCGCCAAAGAAGCACGAAAAGACUGCAGUGCGCUAUCGAGCCCUCUUUCCGCCUGGGCACCCGCUUCAGGCUCAGUUUCCUCCAUCUCCGGGCCCAUCGUCUCCCGGACUCGCAGCGACGAUGACGUCUCAAGGCGCAACACAACUGGUCAAUGUUCCUCUGACCCCUGCUGCUCGGAGCCAAACACCUCCCAGGAUCGGAGAGCCGCUCCCGCCUCGGCCACCUGGCACGUACCUUCCACAGGAGCACGCGCACUCAGCCAGGGGUCAAUUUUACAAGGUCGAAAGACGACGGCGCCGCCACGAGAAGGAAGAGGUUGUCGCGCGGCGGCUGGGGGGCUUCUGGAGAGGACGGGGUUGCAUCCCGGCGGCCGGUUGCUUCGGUCGCACUGGACGGGAAGGCCGCAAGCGCCGGCGAGUUUGUGCGGCAAUAUGGGCUGGAGUCCUUGCUCUUAUCAUUCUCAUCAUCGUUCUGGCUGCCGUACUCACCCGACAUCACGGCACGAGCACGGAACAGUCGAUAUGGGUUAAUCUCACCGACUUCCCGCCCAUGCCUACGGGUGUCCUGACAGUAGUCGGCCCGGACAACAGCGCCUCCAAAAGUGUCUGCACCGAGCCUUCGACUCUCUGGAGCUGUUCGCUUCCCAAAGACCAGCAAGAGUCUGUUGCCCCAUACAAGGCAGAUCAGCCGACCGUGAUCAUGCAGAUUCAAUGGGACAACAGCACAAGCAACGGCUGGAAGAGCUCGGGCGGUGGGAAACCUCGGAGGGGGCUGUCGGCUGUUGCAGCCGCGGCCAGGGCAAUUCUUCAAGCAAGGGAGGACGCAAGUGGUUUUAUUUCCCAGCCCGCCGCACCGAGCUUCAAGGAAAUGUUCUUCUUGGGCAACACCACGGAUGAUGUCCGGGCUGAGAACAAGGCGGGGGAGCCAACCCCAUUCUAUAUUAGCCUGCUCAAGUCGAUCAACGAUACGGCCAGCUUCCCAUCACUAACGAAAAGGGGCCCCGGCGACCAGAUUGGCAAUCAGAGCCUGGUCGCGCUAUUGCCUGCUCCAGACUUGGACUCGGACGGGACGCCUGCUCCUGCCGCCAUGCUUCCGAACCCUACGAAGCAGCCGGUGCGGCUCUUUGACCGAGGCCUGCCCACAGAGCAUUACGGAUUCUACACACAUUUCAAGAGGACCAUCUUUGUCCGGUCCGCGACAAUAUUGAACAAAACGGAUGAGGGGAACGUUCCACUCGACGAGAACGGCGGAUGCCGCAAGAACGAAGCCGACUUCUUGGUGACGUGGGCGGAAACACGGGUGCUGGUGCAGAUUUGGACCCGAACACUGAGCUCCAACACGUCUUCACUCCUGAACGCCAACACAGGACGAGGCAUCGGGGCCACUGGGCAGCUUGUUCGGCCCGGGACGAUGCCAUACCCAGUGACGGUGACGCUCGACACUCACGGGGGGGAUCCAAAGAAGAAGCUGGUGUGGUACUGGCCGAUGGACAAGCGACUGAAGCUCGACACGAGUAAGCCCGCUCUCCUGGCCAACAACAUGGGCGUUGGCGGAACGUGGAUCAACCCACGCGGCACUGGAGAUGCGAGUGUUGGGGGGUUCGAUGGGGGGAGCGGCGGGUGCAAGUGCGAAUGGGUGAACUGGAUUCAGACACAGGGAAGCAAAAGGAGCCAGUAG